AGCCCUGCAGGAUACAAACAAAAUAAUGAAAUCAAACCUUAACCAUUCUUUCAAAAUGAAAUGUGAUUUUGAUUGUACGUCUCUUCGUGCUGGGUUUGCACCAUUGAAAUCUGCUGUGGAGAAAACAAGACUGGAAGAAUCCUGCCCCUUGAAUUAUGAGGAAAGCUUUUGUAAAAGCUGUGCUGAAGAGCAUCAGAAAAUACUCCUUAGUGACUCGUACCAUGCAACCACCAGAAAUCUAGAUCUUGAAGAUGAAGGAAGACCUGUACAUAACAAAGAAAACAAACAAGUAACCCAGAGACUUGAUGAAGGUAUCUAUGAAAUGGAGGCACUGGAAAACAGUAAAUUUAGUGAGGACAGUGGUUACUCCUCUAUGUUAAGUAAUCAAUACGCUGAUGCAAUAGAACAUGAGGAUAGUAUACCUUUGGCUGGGAAUCUCUGUGGCACACCAAAGCGUUGUCUCAUGAAGAACCAAAACCAAGCACAGUUUUCAAAGAAGACUUUGUUGCCAGUAAUCCAUUAUGAAGAAAUGAUUUGCUCAACUUUGAAAAAAAGUGGUAAAAGAAAUCUCAAGUCUUGGGCUGCAGUAGACAGAAUUGUUUUUAGGGGAAAGGUUGAACUUUGUAACCUAAUUGGAAAGAAAAUGGGAUUAGAUAGAAUAGACAUUCUUGCCGAACUCUUCCAGAAGAACCUGAAGCAUAUAUUAGCAAACAUUUUAAGGCAUCUCGGUGAGAUGGAUUUAAUAAAUUUUGCCAAAGUCAGCACAACGUGGCAGAAGAUUCUACAAGAAGAUAAAUGGAUUUUUCAAAUGUAUAGUAAAGCUGUGAAAAACGUUUCUAAUGGCACUAAGGCAUCAGAGCAUGCUGCAACAAGGGAGUAUGUUCUCUACCGAGCGGCUUUAUCUUCCAUUCAGAAAGCAACCCCACCAAACAACUUAAAUAAAAAAGGCACCAGAUCCAAAGCAUCUAAGAAUCACAGCAGGCUCAUGGAGUUUUCUGAGGCUGCCAAGACCUUGAAAAACAGCGAAAGCCUUAAAGUCUGCCAUCGCUGUGGCUCACCUGCAAAGUAUGACUCCUAUCUACAAAGAGCAGUAUGCAAUCGUGACAGUUGUGGCUUUGACUUUUGCACAAAGUGCAUGUGCAUCUACCACAGCUCCAGUGACUGUAUGAGUGGCAAACCAGUGAAACUCAACUCUAAGCUAGGGCCACUUCCUGGGACCAAGAAAAGCAAACAGAAUCUACGGCGAUUGUGAUCCAUCCAUCCCAAUACAGAUUGUCAGAUGUCCCAUAAAAGUCUUUUUGGGAUAUGAAGUUAUCCACAA